UCAAUUGCUUUGUGAGUUCGUCUUCAAGAGGUCGAAGAUAUUUUUAGGCGACGAGGGUAUGUGAGUAAUUUCGUAUGACCUGCUAAAGAAGAAAUCCUUGGCUCGUAGCUUCCGUGGCGAAGGCUCUCGAAGAAACUGAUUUCUUGAAAGCUAUAAAUAGGACUCGGUUUCGAAUUUUCUUUCCUCGUCUUGAUCUCUAAAGUUUCGAACUCUCUCUUACGCAAACUCAAUGUUAACACGCAAGCGAAGUUGAAUCGGAGUUCAGAAGAUAUACUCGGAUCUUCUCGGGAUUCUCUUUUCUGAGUUGGCGACCGGAACGUGUCUCCGCAGAUUGAAAGUUCGUUUCUGUUGUUAAUUUCGUACGGUUUAUAGUUUCGUUUUGAUCAGCCGUGUUUGAGUGGCCUUUUAUUAGAAUUAGUAAUGUAGAUGUCGAUUUUUUUAGUGGCGUAGAUUGGGUUACAUGUUGUUUGGUUUCUGAGAAAUUUAUGCAGAGGAGAUAGGAAGUUAUAUGAAAUGUCGCAUGUUGUGGUUUAGUUCAAGAGGUUUCGAAAUUUCAAUAUUCUUUUUCUUGGUGUUCCAAAAAGUUCGGCAGGGUUGAUGAAACUAGAUGAUUGAGAGAGUCAUUGCUUCUUUUCUUUUGUGCGCAUGCUUGCGUGUUGCUCUUUAUUUUUUUUUAGGUUGCGUUGAUGUCGAAACACGCAGCCCGAGCAAUUCCACGAAGGCCCAACUCGCACACCUGCAGUUAUGAAGAAACGGGAGCUUUGGGGUGGUGGGGUACAAUUUCAAUAAUGCCAGUCAGUAUAUGAUUUUCUAUGCGAAGAGUUAGGAGAAUUUUAAUGUAUAGAGCGUCUCAGAGAGCCCUCCCCUUACUGAUGGAGAGGGUAUAUAUAUUUGGCUGGGGCGACCCCUGGAAGGGGGAGAUUGUGGGGGAUUCGCUCUGUACUCGGGUCAUAUCUCCCUCUAGCUCUCAACCGUGUGAUAGUCUUGCAGGGCGUGAUCGUGGUGACCACUGACACCCUAGAAGGCACGUCGUGGCGUGCGCAUCCUCGAGCUUCAUUGAAUGCGGUGUAGUUCCUUUGUCGUGGCGGGCCUGUCUCCGUAUCUAUUUAACGUAGCGUGGCCUCAAUCAAGUGCACCCAUUCCUGAGACGUGCCUAGCUGCCGAGGUCCAGGGACAGGGAUUAUCCUUACCUUGUGUGCUGGGGGCCUGUUGGCCAAUAAGGGUGUCCGACAAUCCGUCCUUCAACCCCAUGACUAGUGUGUGUUUUCCAGCUGCCUCUUCUCCUGGGCUUAUUGGGCCGGCUUGGUCCGGCCGAUCCCUUGUUCUCUGGCCCUGGGUCUGCUCGGGUCCCGUGGGCCGGGCCCGUUUGGCCUGACCCAGCCCUGGGAAUAACUCCCCACUGGUUGAAUAACUGAAUUCGUUAAAUUCAGGGUUUAGCCGUUCCUUUCCAUUCAACGUGUGAACUGCUGUGGUUGUGAUUCUUGGUCGAAUUUGUUGAGUCUUAAUUAACCAAGGAAAGUUUCACUCGAUCGGUCUCCCGCUCCAUUAAAUGCUUCUGCAGCUAGAUUCUGGUUGUUGAAUUUCAUUAGAGUGUGGUGAUGGUUGAGGGGUUUUUUAUUUUUUGUUCCCCGCUAAUGAGUUAUUAUACGUUUUCCUUUUUGUACUAAUUUAUGAGUACUUUUUUGCUUGAAAUUUUAAAUUCAUACGCAAAGUGAAGUGCCAGUGGUGUUGUCUUGUUUCGGUAGAUAUUCUUUGUUAACAUUAGCUAUACGGUUGUUUGUAGUUGAGAUGUUCAUGUGGUGGAUUUCAUUUGCAUUUUCAAGUAUUUAUGACCUUCUUGGAUGAUUUUUACUGUGGUUGAAAAUCAAUAAAACAGUUUCUUAGCGGGGUCGAUAUUGCUCCAGUAGUCUUGAAACAACGGUACUCAAUUAAAUGGGCAUUUCUGGAACGUUGCUCAUACAUGUCUAGCAGUAUUGUAGCUUCUUCAUCCAUGUUGUAGGCAUUUUAACAUUUUGGGUUGCAGGUGAUGAUGCUUUGUUCAUUACAUAGGUCAAUUUCAUCAAUAGCUGCUUAUUCUAAAGGCAGAGAGAAAGUAAAUCGAGAUGGCUAGGAUAGAUGGUUAUUCUUUUCCCUUCUCUCUUCUUGUUUCUUUACUCUAGGAAGUUAACUUGGACUGACUGACUGACUGAAGAAAGGUCACCGCAAUGGCAUUUCUUCUUUUAUCCCCCAUGGCCAGUGCUGGGGCAUUCUUUCUUCUUCUUUUAGCCGCCCCCCCCCCCCCCCCCCCCCCCAAACAACAACCAAAAAAAAAAAAAAAUUCUUAUGUCUUUUUGAACCCUCUAGACCCUCCAAUAAUUAAAAUUGUGCUGUUGAAACAAACAAUUUGUUAGGUUUUUGCAUUGUUAGGAUUAAAGCAGUAGGAACUGUUCUUCACUCAGUUUUAAAACGCUAAGAUAGGUCAUUGUAAUCAUAAAUAGGUAUUUGAAUUCAUGUAAGGUUUCCGACGAAGAGAUGCGAACUGAGAGGAACUAAAGUGAAGACUUAUUGUUGAAGGAGAGAAGUGAAGAAGCUGGAAGUUGCAAAAGAGCAGGGGAACGACGCUGAAUUGAAAAAAGUGAAUUGUUUUAGUGUAAGAAGUGAGGUGCUGUGCACCGUUUGUAGUGGAUUGUUUUUAAUAGAGUCUGUAAACGCAGCGUUUGGUAUUUGAGUCCAAACGGUGUGUUCAUCUGUCAUUUUUAAUUCUGCUGUCAGAUUCAGUUUAGUGAGUCUCGAUUCUGUUAGAAGGAUCAGGUCUUAAGGCAAGGAAAUGGGGGGAGGAACGUCAUCUGACAAAUCUGGAAUAUUGUAGUGAAAAUUGUGUAGAGGUUUGGGAGCCCUCGAAGCACUCCCGUAGCAGUAUAUUGAUGGAAUUUUCCUUCUAGCAUUUUAUCAUACACUUGCCGUGCACUCUGCUGGUUCACUACAGCAAAUCAAUUUCCACCAUUUCCAUUAUCAUCCUGUUAUACAACAGCACACACUCAGCCUAAUAUCCACACCAUCAAGAGCUCUAACAAUUCAACACUUCUCUAAGUGGUUGGUCUUUAAUAUAAUUGAUUGACCCUUAACAAGCUGGAUAGGUCUUUCUCUCCUUUCAUAAUCUUGAAGUUUUCUUGAAGCCUGUCAAUUUAUGAUCCAUGUUGGUGGAGAGAGAUGCGGCAUCACUAACUGCAAAAGGACUGCAUCUUCUUGAAUAAGCCUCAUUCUUGGAGGAGACAGAAUUUCCUUUUUGGCAACCAUACCUUCCGAUUAUGACAAUUGUUGCACUUCAAGACUUAUUAGUUAGAUAAUGAGAGAAUUUACUAAUACACAGGUGAGCUAAAUUAUGAGUGGAGAAAAGCCUCUCAAGUCAUUUGACAUAAUGUUUAAGAUUUUGGUAAGUUCCGUUCUCCAUGGAGACCUGGAGUAGAGUUGCCAAUUGAGGUAGGCUUGUCCUUGUCGAAAAAUUACACGGCACAUUUCUUCAAGCUCACGUACUCUUGCCCGUGAUUUUACCUUCUUACUGCUUAGAUCACAUUUGAUCAGAUGAUGUAUUGGUUUUACCUUAGGUUGGGGCAUCCCGUCCACUAUAGUGGAUUUGGUUCUGAGACCACUUCAUGGAAUCAAAUGAUCGUGCGAUGCUAUUGGUUACUAUUCAUGGCUGGAGGCUUGGGAGUUCCAUUAUAUUGGACUCUUAUAGAUCUGCUUGUUAUUGAUGAACCACUCUCCAAGUUUUGCUGAUUGGAGCUGUUCAACCUUUCUUGGAUUGUGUUGUUGCUGGUUUCGAUUGCUCUGCAGCUGUAUAGAAGAAAGCUACAGUAUCAUGAGAUGUUUGCCUGGCAUGGUCGGGUGACUGAAAAAAUGUGUUUUGAAGUUUUAGAAUGAUUCCAAAACUUGUUCCUAUUUGCAGGUGCUUUAGAAUAUUGCCAGCUUCUAGAUAGUUCAUAUUGUUCAUUACAAGGAUCCAAUGGGGGAAGUGGCUAUGGCAAUUAAGCAUUUUGAGGCUCAACAAUUUGUGCUGGAAGACAUCCAAUAUAAAACUGGUGAAAGUAAUGGAACAGAGGCUGUGCGCACUAAAUGGUCCAAUCAAGAAUGCUUACUUGCAGACGGGUCAACAGGUUCUGCACAAACUACUGAAGUAUUGGAGAAAGGAAUUUGGCAAUACGGAUGUUUGCAUUAUCGUAGAAGAUGCCGCAUUAGAGCUCCUUGUUGCAAUGAGAUAUUUGAUUGUCGUCACUGUCACAAUGAGGCAAAGAAUAACAUUAAAAUUGAUCACAAGCAUAGACAUGAAAUUCCCCGCCAUCAAGUGAGACAGGUGAUGUGUUCACUCUGCGGCACUGAACAAGAGGUUCAACAAUUAUGUAUUAAAUGUGGUGUAUGCAUGGGGAAAUUCUUCUGCGAGACUUGCAAAUUGUUUGAUGAUGAUACAUCUAAGGCACAGUAUCAUUGCCAUGGCUGUGGAAUUUGCAGAAUUGGAGGGCGUGAGAAUUUCUUCCACUGCUACAAGUGUGGUUGUUGCUACUCGAUUCUUUUGAAGAACAGCCACCCUUGUGUAGAAGGAGCCAUGCAUCAUGAUUGCCCUGUUUGUUUCGAGUAUUUAUUUGAUUCAAGAAAUGAUGUGGCUGUUUUGCCAUGUGGACACACUAUCCACAAAAACUGCUUGAAGGAGAUGCAGGAUCAUCUGCAAUAUGCUUGCCCUCUCUGCUCUAAGUCUGUUUGUGACAUGUCCAAGGUAUGGGAGAAAUUUGACAUGGAGAUUGCAGCUACCCCAAUGCCAGAAUCUUAUCAAAAUAAAAUGGUUUGGAUCCUUUGCAAUGACUGUGGGAAAACAUCAAAUGUGCAGUUCCAUGUAGUGGCUCAGAAAUGCUUGAACUGCAAAUCCUACAACACUCGCCAAACAGGGGGCUGAGCAAGUGACAGUGACUAGAAUUUACUGUAAAAGGCAAUGACAUCUACAAAUGUACUCAAAUGAAUGCGAAGUAAUUGGGUUUUCUCAACCCGAGCUGCAUUCAUGGGUAAAGGGGAUCGUGAUAUUUGUCGGUCCUGCAUCUUGUUCUCCGCCGGCCACCCUAUCCUGUGGCGUGUUCUCUGUCAGGAGAGCUGUCGCGCUCUGCUUUCGUACUACCCGUGUCCUAAAUUGUUUUUUCCUUUUGUACCCCGUCUGAGGUGAUCAUAUGCAGACAAUGUUGUUUUAUUCUCUUGUGGAGAUCUGGAAGAGUUGCAUUCUUGAUCAUCCUCACUCGUCAUGCCUUGUAGACUUGGGAGAUUUGUGACAGCAUCCUGUAGAGGUGGGGUUAAUUUGCAAUCUUAGUCCACCUGUGGAUAUAUGUGAAUAAAGUCGUUUGUAUUUUGAGUUC